UAGAAGUAAAAACGUGCAGCAAUGAAAAACUUAAAGCAGAAAAGCAACAUUGGAACGCGUCUUUGACCUCAGUAUAGUUUUGUUUUAUUUUUUAGAGUUAUAGUAUUACAAAAAAAAAUUAUCCUACCAUGUGCAGUGUAUGCAUUAGUUUGAAAUGUUAAUUAUCAUCUAAGAAAUCAUUUUUACACAUUUUAAUUGACAAAAACAGCUCGAAAACAAACUUUGGCAUCAUGGUACAGGCUAUGGACGAAAUGGAGCAACCAGAUUUGCCUCAAGCCUUAAAUUUACUUAAAGAAAUGAAUAUGAAUGUUCAACAAGUUUCACAGUUAGUUGAUAAUAUGUUAAUCAGGGUAAAAAGUGGCGAGAUUACAACCGAUAAAGGACUCAGCUUCUUAGAAAUGAAGUAUCAGAUGCUUUUGAGUUAUUUAAUAAAUCUGACGUAUAUUGUUUUAAGAAAAUGUUCUGGUGAAAAAAUUGAAUCUGACCCCUCUAUUGACCGACUUGUUGAAAUUCGUACUGUUCUAGAGAAAAUACGUCCAAUAGAUUCUAAAUUAAAAUAUCAGAUUGAUAAACUAGUUAAAACUUCUGUAGUGGGUCAAACGUCCGAGGAUGAUCCUCAGGCAUAUCGUGCAAAUCCUGACAAUUUAGUGAGUAAGUUGGACGAAGGUGAUGUAGACUCGAACGAAGAUUCUGAUGACGGCAGAAAGGAUAAAAGUAAUAAAUCUAACAUAUAUGUACCUCCAAAACUGGCAGCUGUUCAUUACACUGAUAGCCUAUCGAAAGCAAACAUUGAUAAGAAGACUAAGGAACAAGCCAAAAAGCAGUUACUCAAUUCUAGUGUUAUGAGAGAAUUACGCGAUGAAUACUCUGAGGCACCAACAGAAAUGAGCACAGGUAAUCACGUUAAACACUCAAUAUCAAAAUAUGAACAGGAGAAGACUGAGUAUGAAGAAAGCUACCUCACACGUCUUCCAGUUACAAAAGCCGAGAAAAACAGAAGAAAAAAAUUAACAACAGUCGGCACAAUAGCCGAUGAAAUAAUCGGAAGCCGUAGCACAGCCAAGAAGCACAAACUAAAAACAAAAAAAGGUAAAGGCUUCAAGAGAAGGCGCACUCAUUAAUUUUAUUGCCAAUAAUUUGAUUAUUCAUAGUUAUUAUUUUAUUUACUAUAAUUAUAAGCCAUUUUCAGUAGUCACAUUUAAUUUGAAAACAUUUUAAGUUUGAAGUUAAAUAUUUCAUUGGACUUUAUAUAAAAAACUUAUCAAAACAACUUUUGAUCCUGAAAAAAACUAAAUAUGUCUUAAAUAAUGUUUUAUUUAUACAUUUCUAAAUAUAUAUAUUAUAAAUAGUUAGUAAUGAUCAGUUAAUUGAAUAACUUUUGAAAGAACUCCGCAAACAAAUUAAUAUUAUCACAGGAAUAUCGUUAAGAAUGUUUUUGUCUGCGGUUAUAAAAUAAACAUCUGAUUACAAAAUAUGUAUAUGUUUUAAUAUAACAUUUUUAUGGAAUAUAAAUUGAAAUAUGUAUUUAAAUGUGACUAAUAACCUAAGGAAUAUGUAAAUUGCCAAUAAAAAUAUUCAUAGUGAUUUUAUGGAAAGCUUGUUAUCAGAAAAACACUGUCCCUUUCAGUAUAAGUAUACUCUCAUCACAAGAAUAAUAUCCGUCAAUGACUUAUCAUUGUAACUUUCUAAAAAUAAAUGUUAUGAUAUAUAUUUGGUGAUGAAACACCUCCUAUAGAAUAAUUUAAGCACUAUGUGUUUCAGAACUUGUUUAAUGUUAGCAUACAGGGUACUCUAUUUGUCUAUGCACACGCUCUAGGAAUAAAUGACAUUUCAAGAACUAAUUUAUAACAAUUUCUGUGUCAGUUGUUGCUAUGUGAAAUGUUUAGUAACAUUAUGGUAAGCACUUAUGAUAUAAACAGCAUUCAUUAUUAUUUGCUUAUAUUCAUGUUAGAACUAUUGCUCGUUCACAUCCAAGGAGGUGCUAUAUAUACUUCAUGGUAUUACAGAAAUUUCUAUAAAUAAUUUACUGGCCACUAAAUUGUAUUUUGGUGUAUCAUAUUAAAUAUAAAGAUUUUUUUUUUAAGAAUGUUUCUCUUAAUGAAACUCAAGCUGUAGUCCGAGUACAUACCAUUCUUGAAUUUUGCCUUAUUAUGUAUGAUUAUGUAAGGUAUUACUAAAUGUACGAUUUAGUAAUAAUAUUAAAAUUAGUACAUAAAAGUAAUUGUCUCGGUAGUUAGCUAUCUAUGCUGCAACAUACAUUUUUUUGUAAUGUAGCAGAUUCUGCUUUUACAUUAUUAAGAAAAUGAUAACUGUCAAACUGGGGUAGGAAAAAAUGAAAUUUAUAAAACAAAUUGAAUAUUAUUUUUGCAACAUUUUACAUAAAUAUUUAAAGUUGGCAAUUUGUAAAUAUUAAGUAUAUAAACAUUAAGUUUUUUUUUUUUAAUUUAAUAACUACAAAUAAUAUUUUUCUUUGCAUGAAAUAAACUAACUCGACUUGUUAAAAUUAUGGCAGCAUAUCUUCUAUGAGAUUUUUAAUAUAAAUGAUAUAUAAGUAAUAACCAAGAAAGUACAAUGUUGCAUUGUUGCAUUUUAUUAAGGAUAACUUUAAUAAUAUGUUGAACCACGAAAUUGUGUCCCAAUAUUUACGGUAGUUUAUAAUUUUCUAUUUCUUUUUUUUUUUGUUUUUAAAUAUAAAAUUUAUCAACGAUUCAUUGUGAAAUUUGUUUAGUUCUUUGGUUUGUAUGAACAGCGGCGAUUUAGGAGAAAAUUAAUGUUGUUUUUUUUUUUACUCUUGAUUUUGAAUUUGAUAUUAAGGAUUUUGAGUAAUUUAUUAAUGUUGUCAUUAAAGUGUAAGCUUAUUAUGUUUUAAUUCUUUUGUGGUUUUAUUUCUUUUGUAUUUUUUAUUUAAUAAAUAAUAAAUUGUAUUAAAAUAA